ACAAAUGAGUGCCAGCCGCUCAGUCAUCAGCUACAGAUCCACUAAGAAACAACGCGACGCGAAAGAUGCUGAUCCCAAUGAGUCAUGCUCAAUGGCUUUUAUUGUACGGGCCGCUGUUGCUGCUCCGGCUGUCAUGUGGCCGAGCGGCGCCUGUCGAUGCCGAAUUCAUAUCCGACAGCAAGAUGGAUACGGGCUACAUAGACGAAGUGAUGCGACAGGCGAAGGCAGCGGAAAUGGCAAACUUUAUGAACGAGAGCGUCGAUCCGUGUGAGAAUUUCUAUGAAUUUGCCUGCGGCAAUUGGGCGAGGAUUAAUCCGGCCACAACGAGUCAGAUAACCACGGGCCUGUUUGAGCGUCUGACCGAAGGACUCAAUCGCAAGGUGAAGCAAACUCUGAACAGUGAAAACGAUGCCCUGGACACGGCCGAGGAUGUGCAGGUGAAGAACUUUUACCAUUCCUGCAUUUAUGUGCACGAGGUGGACAGAAGCUAUCGGCAGAAGCUAAAGGAUUUGAUAGCCGAGUUCGGCACGAUGCCAGCGCUGGUGCCUGCUGGUGCCUGGCAGGAGGCAGACUUUGACUGGCUGGAAACGGUUGCGCGUAUAGCCUAUCGCUAUGGACUGGUAGUUAUCCUGGGCAUUGAGGUGACCAAGGACUUUGCCAACAACGAGGUGAAUCUGGCGUACAUUGGCCAGCAGGAGUUCCCGCUGGAAACACGCAGCAUGUACCUGGACGACCACACCGCCGACUACAGGAACACCUAUCAAGCCAGCAUGGCAAAUAAGCUGAUCAACUUUUUGGGUAUGAAAAGUGUACAGGCACAUUUAACGGCCACGGAGCUAAUGAACUUUGAGGUGCGUCUGGCCAAUGGCCUGCUCGAUGAGACCGACGGACUGGACCUCACAGAUAUAUCCGAGCUCACGACCAUCGCCGAAAUGCAGCUGGCCUAUGCGCCCGUGCUGAACAUAGAGAGAUUGGUUAACAUAUCGCUGGGCGAGAAAAUCAACGACCCCGUCUAUGACUUCAAUUCGCAGUAUCAGCGGAAUCUAAUGAAGGUGAUGGGGCGCACGCCCAAACGCACUGUGGCCAACUAUAUAUUCUUUCGAUUGAUUGAUGAAUUCGCCAUGGAGCCCGGCAAGACGGUGGCCAAGCGGCAGGAGAAGUGCAUAUCGCUGACCAAGCAGUACUUUGCCAAGAAUCUGGACAACAUGAUCUUUCGGCGCUACAAUAACAAUGCCACCGCCUCCGACGUUGAGCUUAUCUGGCGCCAGCUGAAGACCACCUUCGAGCAGACGCUGCAAUCGGAUCAGUCGCUGAACUGGAUUAGCCGCCGUACACGCGAAUAUGCCAUCGAAAAGUUGGCGGCCAUGACACUGCAGGUGAAUUCGCAUGCCAAUGAAAACCUGACCGAGGAUUUUGCGGGUCUGCAACUACAUCGUGAUGAUUACAUCGAGAAUCUGCGCCAGACACGCAUGCUGGGCGCCAGGCAGCAGCGAGAGCAGCUGCACAAACCCGUCAAGCCGCUGGAAGCGGGAGAUCUGUUCAGCUACACGCCAGCCAACAUUCUGGUGGAGAAUGCAAUCAGGGUGCCGGUGUCCCUGCUGCAGCCCUACUAUCUGUGGGCUGCCAGCUAUCCGAAUGCCAUCAAGUUCGGCACAUUGGCCUCGCUGAUCGGCCAUGAGCUAAUACACGGCUUCGAUGACGCCGGCCGCAAGUUCGAUGCACGUGGCAACAUCAACGACUGGUGGGAUGCACAGUCCACGACCAAUUUCCUGCAACGGCAGCAGUGCUUUACGAAACAGUACAGUCAGUACACCUACAAUGGCAUGCGGCUGCCCAAGUCGAAUGCGCAGUCGGAGAACAUUGCGGAUAAUGGCGGCAUGCGUCUGGCGUAUGCCGCCUACGGCCGCUUGCAGGAGACACUGGAGGCCACUGUCGAGGGCAGAAGGCAGCUGCUCAGGGAGAAGUUGCCCACGCUGAACUAUACCAACAUGCAGCUGUUCUUCAUCAGCUAUGCGCAGAUCUGGUGCAAUGAUGCGCACACACGCAUACGCAAUCUGCAGGUAUCCACGGAUCAACAUGUGCCCGGAAAAUUCCGGGUGAUCGGACCGCUCUCCAAUUUCGACGAGUUCGCCAAAGAGUUUCAGUGUGGCCAGGGCACCCGCAUGAAUCCAGAAAAUAAAUGUAAAAUAUACUAGCUUUAAAAGCAUACAUAGAUUUUUUUUUUCCAUUCAUAUGCUAUAUAACAAUAAGUUUUUAUUAUCCCUGUGAUAGCAUUUCGAAUGUUCAUUCUAAAUUGCAUUCUCCGGAAAAUGUUUAAUAUUU